AUGGCGUGCGGCGGCGGAAGCGGUUUGCCAGAAGUCCAAAGCUCUGGAUUGGGCCCGCUGGACCCUCAGAGCCUGUCCGGUGUGCCGUCUGUGGCCUACAUGUCUACUAACGAUGAAGAACGAGAGCUGGGCACAGUUCCUCUUGCUGAGCAGGAGGAAAUAACAUACUACUCUACGGGUAUGGCUGACUUGGAACUGAGCCCUUGUGUGGAUACUUCGGCUCUCAGUCUGUUGUCUCGUACGCACCAGUGCCGACGCGCUGAUCGCGAACGAACGAUGACUUACAAGUUUAUUCUUCAGGAAGAACAGGAAGAGUUCCAGAAGUAUUCUACAUAUGUGGGAGACCGACUCAUGCUACACACAGCAGAGUGUACGGAACCACUCCCCAAGGGGAAGUCAGUCAUUGACGAAAUCAAAGAUGACAUAGCCGAAGUUUUCUCGAGUUUGCAGACCAUCGAGGACAUCGUGGUGGACGAGGAAGAAAACACGAAACAACUAGCACAAGAACACGGCGAACUCGAUUUUGAAGUAUGCUCGCCGGACCAAAUGAUCUCUGCUUCUUGCAAGACAUCCGAAAACAGGAACGUACACAAUACAAAUGAGGUUGAAAAUGGAGCUGAAGAAGCGAAACAUGUCAUGGAUGUAGCACGCCAUGGAGGCCUCGACGAAGCAGUUUCAGAAAAUAAAAGCGAGCAAAAGAAGCAGUUAAUCACUCUGCUUACCGAAGGCAACGGGAAGGAGCUUGCCCCCGCGUCGCAGCUUUCCGCUAGCGCCCAUGCUGCCUUCGCUGCUUCGUAUCAGAAGCAACUUGCGGUUUCACAUUUUCCAGGAACCCACAUACCAUGGGGAACUAACGAAAACCGUCGUGGGCGUUCUCGACAUCGCCGGUUGAACCCGUUGAGCCAGAAGUGGACAGAUAACUGUCGCCACGGUGACCCGACAUUUGUAUAUUCAGCAGACGAAAGCAGUCCUUCUAGGCCUUCUGACGUCACCGACUCCCUUGAAAAAGAAGCUAAACCCAUACAGUUUCUCCGCUGCAACUCUUCACCCCACGGGAGUGGGGCCGAGAGCAGCUCGUUGGAUAUACUCGGCAGUGCGUAUGACACGACAGAUAUAUGA